AUGGCAUUGGCGGAGUCCUUCCUUCGAAGGGUUCACAAACUGGGAAUGAUCCCUAAAAUUGUGAAGUUACUUCCUAUCAUCUCGUUCUGUUUCGCUCUCGGAAGUAUAGCUUGGCUUUUAAUACUUCCUCUCGAUGGCCAGUAUAGAAACACAUAUAUAUCCGAAAAUGCAUUGAUGCCUGGGCAAGUGACCUCCUACUUUAGAGAAAGCGAAUGGAAUAUUGUUCGUGGCUACAGGAGUCAGGCGAAGAAAUGGGACUAUGAGCAGGCUGCAAGGUCAAACCCAGAGCUUGGAUCUUGGCUAUCAGAUCUCGGGCUCAAGGUGGCUCACUUCGAUGAUCCAAAAACUAACUCCACAACUCUCUACGCUGUCAUGCACGCUCCAAGAGGAGAUAACACUGAGGCUAUUGUACUUGUGACACCAUACAUCACUUCAUCAGAUGAAAGUAAUAUCGGAGGUUUUGCGUUAGCGCCAGCUUUAGCUCGAUACUUUGGCAGAAUGUCCAUCUGGUCGAAAAAUAUAAUAUUUGUGUUCCCAAGAGAUGGUCAUGCCUCCUUGCGUUCAUGGGUCGAGGCAUAUCAUACCUCGUUAGACCUUACAGCAGGCUCAAUUGAAGCUGCCAUAGUUCUCGAAUAUGCAAUGGAUAGUGAUAAUUUUGACCACAUGCAACUAUUCUACGAGGGUCUCAAUGGCCAACUUCCGAACUUGGAUCUCAUUAACACCGUCACCACGAUUGCUCGUAAUGAAAAUAUGCAUGUUGGUAUUCAAGGUACACCUGGCGAGGAACUUACAAGGAGGGACUACAUGUCUCGCAUAAGAACGCUUGCUCGCGGUAUUAUCAACUUGGCGUUGGCCGGUUUACAGAAGUCAUCCUUAGGUUGCGAAGCCUUCUCAGGAUGGCAAAUCCAGGCAAUUACUAUUCGAGCUGUUGGAACGGGUGGCCCAGAUAUAACUCAAUUUGGCCGUAUUGCAGACUCAACUUUCCGUGCAGUUAACAAUUUGCUCGAAAAGUUUCAUCAGUCAUUCUUCUUCUAUCUUUUGUUGUCUCCUACGCAUUUUGUUUCAAUCGGCACUUACUUGCCAUCGGCUGUGCUUCUCGCAAUUGCAUUCGCCUUGAGUUCAUUAUGUUGUUUGGCCAAUGGUGUCAAUGGAAGGGCGUAUUUGGCUGGUAUGGGAACAUUGUUGACUACUUUCACGGGGGUUGAGCUCAUCAGCUUGAUCCUUGCAUUUACGCUACCUCAUCUCGUGAAGAUUUCGGAAGAUCCUCAGGUACGGUCUCAAAUAAUUAUUGCGGUGGCUAUUUUACUCACAUUGGAGCUAUCUACAAAACAGGUAAUUGGGAGGAUCGUUACAAUCAGAUUUAGCAAAGUUACAACGUACUCAUUGAUCGCAUUCAGUCUUUAUUUUAUUGCCAUGUUGGUAACUGCUUUGCUCAUUGUACACUUCGCUUUAGCAUUGAUGAUUGGGUUAUGUUCGUUGCCCCUCACUUUCAUACAGCCUCAAAUUACAGAACAGUUGAAGAAGAAGGGUCUGUGCAUUAAGACUCACUUCAGGAUUGUGUUGUGUCUUUUGUUCUCAUCACCCGUUACUGCAGUUGUUUUCCUGGGUUACCUUCUUUAUGGUGGCCCAGAUGGAGUCGCCACAUUAACACAUCGUCUAUUGACUCUGUGGGACGAAUUGCAGUGCUGGACUUGGUUUGUUGUGGUUCUUGGGUGGUUCCCGGCUUGGGUCUCAAUAGCCCUAGCAUACACUUUUGGUACUUUUGAGGAUGUGCAAGCUAAUGGUAACGAUAAUGAAAAAAGUGAAUAG